ACUUGGUAUUUUUUUAUUUUUAACAACACAAAUUCGACGAAAACGCCUCUUUUUAUAUAGACUUCGUAGUUCUAACGGUUUAAUCCGCAAAUACCAAUAUUUUAUCACAUAGUGGCUUUUUUACCUAACUUUUUGUCCAUAAAAAAUUGUAAAUAAUGCAUAGUAAUAAUAACUACGUAAUCGAGUUACGAUUCGUGUAUGAUAUUUGACCAUCUAGGUAAUAUAUAUUGAUGGAGAAUUUAGUUUGAUCUUUAAAUUUGGCGGGAAUGUUACCGGCAAAUGUUUUAUUCGGUAUCUCUUUGUUAAAGAAAUUGUACUAAUUUUUUGUUUUUGUGUAUCUUUCAAAAAUGGAGAAAAUUAAUAUGAAUAUUUUAACCGUAAAAGAGAACAACGAUGAUAACACCGAUAAUAUCAAGAACGUAAUAGAUGAUAAUAGUUCAUCAAGUGUAAUAAGUGAAUCGUCCGAUAAUAAAACUGCAAUUUAUACCGAACAAAAUAAUAAUUUAUUUGAAGUUAAGGCAGGGAAACGAAAGAGAAGUCAAGAAGAGAGUGCUGAAGAGCUUAAAGAGAAACGUAUAGCACAGGAGAAAUAUGAUAAAGAAUUACACGAACAAAGAUAUAAACGUUUGAUGCAUCUUUUAAAUCAAAGCCAAGUUUAUGCUACUUGUUUGCUGGAUAAGAUUUCUUUUGCUUUAUCGGAAGUAAAGACGGAUAAUGAAAAGGAGAAGAAAGAAAUAUCGGUUACGAAUGAAAAUAUACCACUGCAAAAAAAAAAGAAAAGAAAUGUUAAACAAGAAUAUGAUAUAAGACAAUUUGUUACGACCAAGAUUAAAAGCACAUUAAAAAAUAAAUUGAAUUUAAGUGAAGAAGAAAUAGCAGAUGAAUUGUUAAAUUCUGAUGCUCAAAGUCAAGAAGAAAUUAUUGAAUUUCCCAAAUAUUUUAAUGGUUCUUUAUAUAGUUAUCAGAAAGAUGGCCUGGAAUGGUUAAAAGUACUCUACGAGAAUGGAUUAAAUGGUAUUUUAGCCGAUGAAAUGGGACUUGGAAAAACAAUUCAAGUAAUAGCAUUGAUAUGUCAUCUUAUAGAGAAGCGACAAUCUGGGCCUUAUUUAAUAAUUGUACCACUUUCUACAUUGCCAAAUUGGAUUUCUGAAUUUUCUAAGUUUGCCCCAUCUUUACCAGUUGUAGUAUUUUAUGGCUCAGGAUCUGUAAGGAAAUCUCUCCGUAAAAAAAUUACCCAAUCUUAUCACAUUAUGGAUGGAUUUAAAACACCACCUAUUGUAUUGUGCACAUUUGAAACGCCAAUACAAGAAAGUAAUUUUAUUUCCAACAUAAAUUGGAGAUAUAUAAUUAUAGACGAGGGUCAUAGAAUUAAAAAUUAUAAUUGUCUAUUAGGAAAGAUUUUAAGAACAUUUAAAUCUAUGAACCGUCUUUUAUUGACUGGUACACCGCUUCAAAAUAAUCUAUCUGAAUUGUGGUCACUUCUUAAUUUUUUAUUACCAGAUAUAUUUAACGACCUGACUGUUUUUGAAUCCUGGUUUAAUGUUAAGGAAAUACAGAGUAUGGAUGGUAAAGAAAAAAUUUUAAAACAAGAAGAAGAAAAGCAAGUUUUAUCAGCGUUAAGGAACAUUUUGAAGCCGUUUGUUUUAAGACGUGAAAAGGCAGAUGUCAAUAUAAAUAUUCCAUCUAGAAAAGAAGUUAUUGUUUAUGCUCCACUCACUUGCUUGCAGCGUGAGUUAUAUAAAGCAGUUUUGAACAUUAGCCUUAAUAGCAAAAAACCUAAGGAAGAAUUUGUUUUGGAUAUAACAAAUGGCAUUAGACCUAAAAGAAAGUGCGUAUUAAAAAAUAUGUAUAAAAAUUCAAAUGAUUCGACAUCUUUUGUAUCAGAAAAAGAAAAUAAACUAACAGAUCAGAUAGAAAGUAAACUUGAUUUAUGGAAAGGGCAUAUCAAUAUUACUGAUGAGAAUCGUGAUUUCUUACUUAAUAUAAAUUUAAAAAAUAAGGGAAUUGUAUAUAAAAAGAUUGUUAAUCAUCCGUAUUUGCUUUUGAAACCUUUGGAUCUAGCUAUUAUGCCAAGAAGUGAUUCAAACAAACUCAUCAAAUCUUCUGGCAAACUUAUGGUGCUGGAUGCAAUGUUAGCUAAGUUAAAGAGCCAAAGGCAUAAAGUUCUUUUAUUUUCAACAAUGACUACGAUACUCGAUUUAAUAGAAGAUUAUCUCGCAUUACGAAAUUAUAUCUAUCUUAGAUUAGAUGGGUCCGAUAAAUUAGAAGAUAGAGAUUUAAGGAUUAAGCAAUUUAACAGUGAUCAUAAAGUAUUUUUGUUUCUUAUCUCUACUAAAGCUGGUGGAACAGGAAUUAAUCUUGCAUCCGCCGAUACUGUGAUAAUAUAUGAUAGUGACUGGAAUCCACAAGUAGAUAUACAAGCGAUGGCACGUUGUCAUAGGAUCGGUCAAACCCGUCCUGUUGUAAUUUAUAAAUUAUGUACUAAAGGAACAAUCGAUGAAUCAAUCGUUUCACGUGCUCACGCUAAACGAUUAUUGGAAAAGAUGGUUAUAUCUAAAAAUUUGUGUAGUUCGAUAAAUAUGUGUACUGAAGAAAUGCUUAAGGAUUUGGAACAACUUUUAGAAUCAACUGAAUCUUAUUCCGUAACAUCUUCAGAAAAUGUAUACACGGAAGCAGAACUCAAUAAACUAAUGGAUAGAAGUGAUUUGGUAUGAUUUCGAUGUAAUAAUAAAAUUUGAUUGAUACAAACAAAUCUUAAUUAUACUCAACUCAACUAAAAUAUAAAGCAAUUUUUCAAAGAUAUUAAUUUUAUAAAACCAUAGUUCAAACUCGUACAAAUAUUAAAAUGGAUUUUCAUCUAUUUUGUUAUCGAUAAGCAUUAUAUUUAUUAAGUAUUUAUUUUGCAUGCUUUAAACAGCGAAUUUUUGUUGAAUUUGAAAACAAUCAAAUUCUGUUUAAUUUAACUUUUUUUUUUUUCUUGUUUCUAAGUGAUUAGUGAUUUAAUAUAUAAUACGAUAAGUUAUUAUUUU